AUGUUCCGCUUUCACAAACCUCUCGACAUCGUCACCCUCUUCCACAAACCCGCCCUCCCCGCCUCCCUCCGCGCCCUGGCCCUCCUCAAACAAGCUUCCGCUACCGCUGCCGAGACCGCAUCCGGCAUCCAUCCCACAGCGGAAAAGAACUUCCGUCCGCGUCGCGAGCAGUUCGAGCUCGAUGUCACGGAGGAUCCGCCGACGCCGGAUCAGCUGAAGCUGAUUAUGGAUUACAUGGGCGGGGGUGCGGUGGGAGCGGGGAAGCCGGGGGACUUGGUGCAGGGGGCGAGGGAUCGGUUGGAUGCGCUGAGGAGGUUGAAGGAGGAUGGGGAGAGGUUUGUGAGGCCUGUGGUGGUGGAUUGGAAUAAUGGAAAGGCAGUACUCGGCACGAACGAAUCUGCGAUCCUAAAGUUGCUUCAGCAGGAGCCGCCACAUACGCCGGAUAACACGCCGUGA